AAAGGUCAAAUUUUCGGUGGGCUAGACGUUGAAUCUAUUAGUAUUCUUGAGCAAAACAUCACAUUUGAUUUCGAAAAGGGCUAUGUCCUUAUGAGGAAUUUGAUCAAGUACGUCACGAUUACUAUUGUGUGCGACCCGAAAGACACCCCAAUUUUCAGACAUUGUCCGUCCUGGGAUAUUGGAGCUCAUUAA